AUGAAGGCCUCACUCGCUCUCCUACCCGCAACGCUCGCAGUCGCGUCUGCCAACACAUUAACCAUAUCCCUCACCACGGCGGAAAUCGACAGCAUCAAAGCCGGCCACACGACCAACAUAGUCUCCCGGCAGUCCGGCGGCCUAGUCCCCCGUCAGUCCGGCAGCACAACCGCCAACGAGUUCCUCGACGGCGGCUGCCGCGAUCUCAUCUUCAUCUUCGCCCGGGGCAGCACCCAAGCAGGCAACAUCGGCGACGACCCGGGCCCGCAGGUCAUCGCACAGCUCAAGGUCGCGCUAGGCGAUACCUACGUCGCGGCGCAGGGGUUUGACUACCCGGCGCUGCUGAUCGACAACCUGCGUAACGGCGGCUGCGACCCGGCCGACGCGGCCGACAUGCUGGCGCUGAUCAACCAGGCCGCCUCCGAGUGCCCGGACUCGGCCAUUGCGGUUUCGGGGUACAGUCAGGGUGCGGCCCUCGUGCAUGCUUCUGUGGAGGACGCGACGACUGCGGUUAAGAACCAGAUCGUGGCGGCGGUGACGUUUGGGGAUACGCAGAGGCAGCAGGACGGCGAUCAGAUUCCUAACUUCGACACGGGCAAGACGCUCAUCUUGUGCCAUGAUGGUGACGAGGUCUGUGAUGGCACGCUGAUCAUCACGGCUGCGCAUGGCGGCUACGAUGACCUUGCUCCUGAGGCUGUGGACUUUAUUGUUAGCAAGGUGUAA